AUGGAGCUGGCGAUGGAGAACCUGGGCAGCCUGCACGGCGUCCCGCACUCGCAGCCCGCCGAGCUCAUGAGCCCGGCCCACGGGCGCCAGGGCUCGCACCGCAACCUGGUGCCGCACGCCCGGCCUGCCAUGGUCUCCAGCAUGGCCUCCAUCCUGGAGGGAGGCGACUACCGCGCCGAGCACAGCCUGGCCGCCCCGCUCCACCCGGCCAUGAGCAUGUCCUGCGAGUCGCCGUCCGGCAUGAGCCUGAGCAGCACCUACACCACGCUGACCCCGCUGCAGCACCUGCCGCCCAUCUCCACCGUCUCGGAGAAGUUCCAUCACCCGCACCACCACCAUCACCACCACCACCCGCACCAGCGCCUCGCCGGCAACGUGAGCGGCAGCUUCACCCUCAUGCGCGACGAGCGGAGCCUCGCCUCCAUGGGCAACCUCUACAGCCACUACCCCAAGGACAUGCCGUCCAUGGGGCAGCCCCUCUCGCCGCUCCCCAACGGCCUGGGCAGCCUGCACAACGCGCAGCAGCCGCUGGCGCCCUACGGCCCCGGGGGCCAUCUGCCCAACGAGAAGAUGCUCUCGCCCAACGGCUUCGACUCGCACGCCGCGAUGCUGUCCCGGGGCGAGGAGCACCUGGCGCGGGGGCUGGCGGCGCCCAGCUCGGCCAUGAUGCCGCCGCUCAACGGGAUGCACCCGCACGGCCACCACCACGCUCAGCCCGGCGGCUCCCUCCUGGGCGAGCGGGAGCGGCAGGCCUCCGCCUCGGGCUCACAGCCCGGCGGCUCCGGGCAGGUGGAGGAGAUCAACACCAAAGAGGUGGCUCAGAGGAUCACGGCCGAGCUGAAGCGCUACAGCAUCCCGCAGGCGAUCUUUGCGCAGAGGAUCUUGUGCCGCUCUCAAGGGACCCUCUCGGACCUGCUGCGAAACCCCAAGCCCUGGAGUAAGCUCAAGUCUGGCCGUGAGACUUUCCGGAGGAUGUGGAAAUGGUUGCAGGAGCCGGAAUUUCAGAGGAUGUCCGCGCUCAGGCUCGCAGCUUGCAAACGCAAAGAGCAAGAGCAGCAGAAAGACAGGAGCCUGCAGCCCAAGAAGCAGCGGCUGGUCUUCACGGACCUGCAGCGCCGCACCCUGAUCGCCAUCUUCAAAGAGAAUAAGCGCCCAUCCAAAGAGAUGCAGAUGACCAUCUCACAGCAGCUGGGCUUGGAGCUCAACACCGUCAGCAACUUCUUCAUGAAUGCCCGCCGGCGGUGUAUGAACCGCUGGCAGGAGGAGCCAGGCACCAACCCCGGAGUCCCUUCUUCUUCUACAAGCACUUUCUCCAAAGCAUGA